AUGGCUUUCGUUAGUGUGCAAGGCCCAAGUCUGCCAACUCUGGCGGAUUUGAAAAAUCAUCUUCGCGAGGAGCCGCUCUACCUCCAAGUAUUGGAGGAUUAUUUAUUAAAUGCGGCACAUUUAAUUAAUGAUUUGAGAGCGAGGCUGGAAGGAAAUGAGCUUGAAGCUCAUGAAAACAUUGGAACAGUUGUGGUCCCAAGAGCGGAUUUAGUGCAUCGCGCAAGUCCUCCGCCAACUCAGGAGCAAUUAGAAUUAUCCCGAGAGCUCCUGGAGCACGAGCGCGAAAUGGAGCAAGGACGUGAAAAUGAGGAGCGGCUCGUGUUCCAUCUCCUCCAGCAGCAACAACCUGAAGGGCAAGAAAUGGUAGAACCAGUACCGGCACUGGUUCAAAACGGAGAGGAGGAGGAGUUGGCGGAGCGGCGUCAGGUAUCACAGGAAGCGCUCCUCAAUGACGAAGUGAUUCCAAGAGCGCCCGCAAUGGUCCGGCGACGCAGGAAAGCGAUACGAACCCGCGAAAUAGUACUGCGUUCCCGGACUAUACGCGUCCCAAUUGUGGAAGAGGACGAAGGAUACAGUGCAAUACCAGCAGGUCCAGAAGCCUUCCACACGCCGGUAGUGGAAGGUUUACCGCCACAAUAUCGGCAGCUGCUGGUCGCACCAGAAACCGACCCGUACACGGUCAAUCGAAAUGCUGACGGGUCGACCACAAUUGGGUGCGGUUUGUGCGCCAAGGAAUUUGGGACUUUAAAAGGAUGGCGAAUACAUGCCAGCAAAACGCACCGGCAAAAUGGCUUUUGUCAGAAAUGCGGCCAUUUCAUUGACAUGCCGCAUGUCAACUCCAGUGAGGAAAUAGCAGCCACGAUGGAGCUCCAUUCCUUGGAAUGGUGUCCAAUGGCCACGAAGGCCGUCAUAAGUGAAAGGGCUGUUAAACGAAGGAGAUUAGAACUAGCUGGUAGAAACGAUGAAGCCCAGCACUAUUACAUCCCCGGUGCAGAAGAAGGAUACAAUUUCUACCAGUGA